CUUCGGUGGUGAUGGUAGAUCUAGGUUGAGGAAGGGCCUAAAGAAUAUACAGCCUGUUACCUGGGAAGUCAAAGAGUUAUACCAGCAACAAAUUUAAGUAUAGCCUGUAAGACACAGCCAUGUCGGAUCUAUCUUGUCCUAUUACCGGAAUACUGCUGCUAGCUGGUGUAGGGGUCCUUUUACUGGUUAUCCUCCUUCCCAUGAGCUUUAGUGGUAUUGAAUACUACGAGUAUGGCUUCAAACGACAAAAAAGCACUGGAACUGUCACACUGGAUGAAGUGUAUAGUUCUGGCAAGCAUCUUCUCGGUCCUGACUAUGAGUUUAAGAUAUUUCAAGCUGAUGCUCACUUUGUGACAUUAAACCAAGUACGAGCUUUCACCUCUGAUGGCCUUGAGGUACGAUUGACCGUGAACUUUCAGUACUACUUGCGUAAAGAUGAUCUUCCAGAGCUUCACCGCGCUUAUGACAUAUACUACAAAGAUGUGAUGCGAUCAAGUGCCAUCGAUGCUCUUAAGGGGGCAGUGCCAGUGUUUACAACAAGGGAAAUGUUCUCAGAGCGUAAAGUUGUUGAGGAAGCGAUGUAUAAGGCAGUGAGAGAAAGGCUUGGAGGAAUAUGUUGCCAGAAGAACUGUAACCUCUGGAAGUAUGCGUGUCCUGCUAGCUGUAAGUCCAGAGAAAUCUGUAUGGAAGCUGAUCAUGGACUGUUUGCCAAUGUAAAGUACUUCCAAAUGGGACAGGUGUAUAUUCCUCACGAUGUCAAGGAAAGAUUGCUACGUUCUCUUACCCUAAAGGAAGAUGCAGAGAAGGAAAAACUCCUUCAGGAUGCUCAGGUGGAACGUAAAAUUACAGCUUCUAAGGUUCAAACAAGACGAAACGAGGCGGCAGAGGUCAGACAGGAAGCCGAGGCCACCUCCGCAAUGAUUCAACUGACGUCCCGUGCUAACUACACAGCAGUUGUUGAGAGUUCCAGAAGUCGUGGUCUGACUGGUCUGUACUCACGACUCGGUAUCACUGACCAGAGAAUAAAAAACAGCUUUGAUUAUCUCCGUACGCUUCGUGGUCUUGACAACGUUUUCCUUUCUGUAGACUUUGACCAGAACAUUGUGGGAAAUUUUGGGAAAAUGUAGAUAUAUAGUGUAGAAUUCUUGGUAACAAUCCAUGACCAUUUAAAAGCACUUAAAGGUCCUCUCCCCCUUGUCAUUUAACUGUGUUCUACUUAACAGAUAAUAUCAAAUAUGCAUGAAGAAUAACAACGAUUUAGUGCAACAAGAUCAGAUCAAAUAGUAUCUUAAGUUUCAUAGGAGAAUUAUGAACAUAGAAUGUUCACAAAUAUUCAGUCUUGAUUUCUUU